GCGCAAUUUUAAGAUGGCGGUCGCUUGUAAGGUUCACGUGUGAAGGGCCGUGUGAAGGUUCAUUUCGUCGGAAAGCAUGUCUGUAGAUGUUAGAUUACCCAAGAAAAGAAAGAAAAUCGAAUCUUUAGUUGGAUUAGAGCCGAAACACAUUGUUUCUCCAGGAGAUGUUAUAACAGAGGAUACUGGAUAUAUGAGGUUGGGGAAACAUAACCCGUCUGUCCAAAACCGUUCACAAUGUUUUCACAGUUAUACAUUUACAGUGUAUAUCGUGGUAGGAAAUCGAAGCAACACUGUAAGGAAAAGAGAAUAAUCUAUUUUUAUUAUAACUCACUGAUCUAGGGGUCAUGGCACCUAUGUUGAUGGAGAUAAAUUGAUAGCCUCAGUUGCUGGAGUUGUUGAGAGAGUGAACAAGCUUAUCUGCGUACGACCAUUUAAAACAAGGUACAUAUAGGUGUUUCAAAGCAGUGCUCUCAGAACAUUUCUGAGGAACCUAAAAGCUCUACAUCUGUGAACAGACCCUUUCCUAAAACAACAACAAAGUGUAAUUUGUUUUAUCAUUGAGAUAUUGCAUUCAAGUUACACCUCCAGUUGAAGGAGCCUAAAGGAAAAAAACCUUAGUGACUUUAAUCAAGCUGACUACCCAAUUCUAUUUUUGGAAACACACCUUUAGUCUAUACAAGACCACGAUUUCAUGUCUAUUAAAAAUUUUUGAAGUUGUAUAAUGUACCUGCAAAAAGUGACUGUUGAAGUGAUGUCGUACAUGUAGUUUGGAUAAUUUUGUGCUCUGGAAUUUCCUAUCGUCUCAAGGUUAGCACAAUAUUGAAAUUUCCCAUGCAUCACAAUUGCACGAAAUGCCCUAAAUAAGGUAUUUUUCCCCUGACAGGUACAAUGGAGAAGUAGGGGAUGUUGUUGUUGGUAGAAUUACAGAGGUGAGAAAAAAAUUUCUUAAUUUUGCAUCAUGUGCUACUGACCUAGUAAAUAACUAUUUCCUAAUUUUCAACCUCCUUUUUAUAACUCACCAUCAUGUCAACAAUGUUGGGAUGAUAGUAAGGUUCUGUUUCAUAUUGCCAUAUAUUUUACUGUUACUGGGGUUAAAAAAUAGCUCAUUGUACUGAGGACAUCCGUUAUAUAGAGGUUCUUUAUAUCAAGGUUCCACUGUAAUAUACAUUUUCACAAGAAUCUUCCAGCAUCUAAAUGUGUUAUUGUCUAUUUCGAUCCUAAAUCUUAUCAAAACGCCUGUCUUUACAAAACUGCACUUAGUCCUAGACUGCUGCGUUUUCAAACCAGCAAGGCUAUGUGGCAUUUGCAGCGAUGGGGAAUGGAGUCAUUUUUUAUGAAGGUUCUCCAUUGAAUCUGAAGACUACUCCACGGAACUACAGUUUCUUGAAACAAAUUAUUUCAGCUGAUUAUGUGGUCUCUGAUGCAUUUUAAUUCUAUAAAAGCCCAACUGGAAAUUUUAAAUUUUGAUCAGUGGUUGUGAUACAUGUGUCGAUGACAUGCUAUACAAAAUGAAGGAGUUACAGGAACCUUAGAAGAUCAUGAUCUGCAAACUUCUACUGGUGAAUCCUGCAUUUGCAAUCAGGCACAGCAUAAGAAAGGUCCUUUUCAGUGGCUUGAAAUAUAUAAACGUGGCUCCGCUCAACAAUGACUCGAGAAAGGUUCAGUGAUCUGACAGUUAUAAACAGCCACAAAACGAGAAGAGACAAAUUUGAUCCUCCCCCCACCCCCCACAUCAACGGAGGUGGACACCGGUCCCCACACUUUAAAAAAGUCUCUGUGGACCCUGGGUUUCGCAUAUGACCAAUCACCCCACACUGAUGAUGAUUUCUGCUGUGGGAAACACCUGUUUUCAAGGUGACAGUGGACAAAUCAAUAUCCAAAUCAUGGAGACCUCCCACUUUAUGUUAGACAGGGUUUUUCAGUGAGGGUACUUGUCAUACAUUGUGUAGCUUUUUUGGAUUAUGAUAAUGUUAUUAACAACCAGAAAUAACCACUCUUUCUCAUUAAUAACUGGGAUCCUGCCUCAUUUCAUUACCCUUUGCAUACUUAAACAACAGAUACCUGUUUUGUUCUCCAAGGUUGGACAGAAAAGAUGGAAAGUGGAAACCUUUUCAAGGCUAGACUCUGUUUUGCUACUUUCCUCAGUCAACUUACCUGGUGGAGAGCUGGUAAGGAAAACGCUAAAUAUCUCACCUGUUCAAAGAUUACAUUUUUUUUCCUUUCAAGUUAGAAAUUAGGGCAUUUUGGAAUCCUUGGGUGCUUACCGAUUACGCAAACCAUCUGGUUGAAAAUUGAACCUUAUUGGGAGAAGAAUGUGCCACAAAGUAUACCCAAAUGCAACUGAAGAGACUAAUAAAAUUGCAUCACUUGAAACACCAACCCAUAUUUUCCAAAACUUUCUGGGGUGGAAUAUAAUGGAAUGGUGCAAAGCAUUUUAUGUUGCAAUUGAAUUUUCUGGUUGGAAAGCACCCCUUCAUGAGGAGCCGCAUAAAGUCCCUUUACUAAUUACGCUGAGUGACGGUUGCUAUGCUCAAUUUCCUGUUAUAAUUUUACCUCCGAUCUCGUGCAGGCUAGCAGGGGUCAGACUGGCUGUCAUCGAUAGGGAUUUUCACAGAGGCGAUGAAACAAUCCUAAAUUUCGCAACUGUCUGGUAAUAUGGUUAAAACAGUAUUAGCCGGGGUAAAUAUAGUCGGCGCGGGUCUAUUCAACUAUUCUCCAGAUCGGAUCAUCCCAAUCAAGCCAUCAUUGUAUGGAGUAUAUGUGAAUUCUUUUUAGGGUAUCCCGGUCGAGAAUUUCUGUGUUGAUUCAAACUCAUUUCCCUUAGAAGCUUGUUGGUAUUUGAAAGAAAAUUUUAACAGAUCGAACAGGUUAGCAGAGUUCCAAACUGAGAUGGCCAGCCUUCCUUCGUCACAUUGGUUCACUUUCAGAAGCGAGGCCAUUUCAGCCUUAAAUCAGUAGGUUUACCUUGCGACACAUUAAUUCUGUGUUUUUUUUUAUGACUUGCUUAAUCGUAAGAAGACACCUUGAAGGUAAGGACAAUGUUCGAUUUUUUUCCUUUAAUUUAUUUAUUUCUGCCUCGAAUAUAUAUCGCCUAAAACCUCCUAAAUGCCCGCCAAAUUUAAUGUGGCGCGCUCGGGAGUGAUCGUACAGUGUUUAGGAAGAAACAGGCCCAGCACAACUUCCACUGGAGGCACUUUUGUGUUACUGCAAGAAGUACCCUUAUAAAGAAGUUGAAAAGCUUUUCCAUUAUUAAUUUCGUCCUACAUUUUCUGGAUAAACAAUGGAAUGUGUUGAAAAUUGUAGACACCCGUGUUUCAUAAUACACGUACACACUUAGCGGCCAAAUUGCUACAUAUUUUAUCUUUUUACCGCUGUUUUGCUUGUUGCCGAAGUUUAAAUGCUACAUCAUGAUCCAGUGCGAUUUAUUGUUGUCGUUACACGCUCAGAUCUUUAAUUUGUUUGAAUUAAUGAGAAAAUUAUCUUGUAGUCUGUAAUUAUGCGUAGUAUUGCAUUGUUGAAUGCGUUCACUGCCUAUGAAAACAAUCGUUUUCCUAGUAGUAUAUCGGAUAGGCCAACUGACUCCCACUGGUGGCAAAUUGUGCUACAAAACCAUAAAUAAGGGAUAUUCGAAGUAUAAACCUCACAAAAGCUUUUGAUUUUGAUCAACAACGAAAUGAGUGACUAAAACGCGUUAAAAAUAACACAUGCUCGUGUUACAGAGAGGGGGUUGAGUGUUUCUCGUUAUUUGUAAGUCUCUGAAUCUUAGCAGCUUUCUUUUUCUUUUCUAUAAUUUUUACCGGGGAAUCGAAAAAUGAAUUUUAGUUGAUUGGUUGCGUCCAUCGCGGUUCCCCCCUAUUUGUUUUUCAAAAAAAAAAAACACCAUUGCAAGAACCUGUACGGUCUCUAUUAUUUUUCAUUAACAGCCAGAGAGCUUUAAUUCACCGAAACUAAAACAGAUUCAUAAAAUGUACAUGGUUCGCGGUAUUCUGUACGUGCCUUUUAUGUUGGGUGUGUCGCCUGAUUAAAAGCGAGCGAUCGGGUGAGUCGCCUUCGCUUAGUGCAAGAAGACUUUGUAAAACGUGUAUAUUUAAUGAAUCUUUCUGUAAAGAACGAGGCGGCCUAGAAAGCUUGAAAAAUAGUUUUUGAAACGUCUUGCCAAAUAUGUUUUUAUUUUGUUUGGGGGUUGCUAAAAUUGCGUUUCAACUAGACGCUGUAAAAUUCGCAAUUAAACUUAUUCUUCGGAUUCAAAACAAUGACCAAAGUUCCGUCUGCACGUGCUCUUUUGGGUGAGUCGCCUGAAAAAGCAAGCGAUCGGGUGUGUCGCCUUCGCUUAGUGCAAGGGAACUUGGUUUUUAUUGGUUAUGGCUCGCAAGUCCAUUUUGAACGAAAUAAAUGGUUUCAGUCAUAAUUAAUGAACAUCAUAUAGGUGACCUUACAAGUUUGUAUUAUAAGAAAAAUAUAAGAGCCUUUUUACGCCGCGAACAGGAUGAAAUAGAAAACUUCACCGGCCUUUUCUCAAAAAAAGGGAAUAGUCCCGCUUUAAAUUCUGCUCCCCAGAAAAAGCUACAAUGAAAAUUAAUUUAUAGUUUAAAUUCAAUCAAAUUUAUUUAAAUCGCUGCACUUCGUUCAUUUGUGGUAAAUAAAUGCAUAUUGAUUCUGAGGUAUCCCCAGUUAGAUAAUUUGUGCAAAACUCCUCUACACCGCCACAAGUUUUCCGAGUGGUGCGCUGUUUCGGAGUGAUUUUUAUUUCACCAGGUUCUUUUCUUUAGUUGUGUUCGUCUCAUCAGCUCAGCUUUAUUAUUUCUGUAGUGUCUGCUAAAAUGAUCCAUUGAAAGAUAUGUCGAAUAAAGCUUCAGUAGGAGGUCACGAAAGGAGAUUCGCAUUUCACCUCAAGUAUGAUUUCAAGCUGUCAACGGUCUAUGCUUGGCUGAAUUUAAACAAUGGCUUCCUGGUCAGAUGGGGGACAAAUUUUCCCCCAUAUUUCGGUCGCUAAGGCUUGCGGCUCGCCAUGCACCCUUGGCUUUCAGGAGUACACUUUUCAACAGUCUCAUACAGAGGCAGUAUUUAUUAAUUUGGUUAUGCUGUACUAUUGUAACAGGGUUCUGUACAUUGUUAUUGUUAUUAUGUAAGGACUACUGACUACCCAUAAUAUUUUGUUUGGUCGGUUAGGUGGCCACCUUGGUCCAUUUUUCACCUUUCAGACAUUUUUGUCAUUUUGGGCAUGAUCUUACCCUCACAUGUACAUGUAACUACGAAACCUAUCCACAUGCCUGGCCACUUGACCACAGCCCCAAUGAUGACCUAUAAGCCAAUGAUGCAUCUGCUGUGUCAUUUUUACAUUAAGUUUAGUACACAAAAGAAGGCAUUGAAAACUAGGCUUCCCCUAAAAGUGCUGUUACAGUGUAAAUAGCCAGUGGGCAACAACACUCCACUCUUAGACCCUGAUUAUAUGGAGAAAACCUGUGUUGAGUAGAAGGGUCACCCUCCCCCCCCAGCCAAGUCAACCCUGACAGUUUAUUAUAUGGAGCCAAAAAUGCCUUUGAUUUUCUUGUUGAUUGUUUUGCCUUGGCUGAGUCAACCCAGCUGGGCAAGCCACGGGUUAUGUGCAGAAAGUUGAGGGGUGACAGGAUGCUGAUGGGAAUGUCCAAGUUAGAUGUGACUGUAUGCCUUUAUCUGUUCUACUGAUAUUUUUAUAUCAGGGAACUUUCAUUUAUUGUGGCCUGUAGAGGUGGGGUGGAGGGGGUGAGGAUGCUGAAUGCCCUAUUAGAUUUGAUAGAAUGCGGGGGUGAGGGGAGGGUUGAAAUAUUUUGCAGACAUGUCCACAGAUUUUGCCCUCCUCCCUCCCCCAGGUUAUAGUAACUGAAAGCUAACAAGCUUGUAUUUAUACAGUUAUAGGGAGAUCAGAAGACUGCACAAAUUUUAUGUGUUGACCUUCAUUUAUUUACUGCUUUUUACUCUGCUCUUUUCUCAGAGAAGACGAUCUGCUGAGGAUGAGUUAAUGAUGCGCCACUUUCUUGCAGAGGGUGAUCUGAUAAGUGUAUCCUUUUGAAGUCUGCCAACUCUCUUUCCUGAACUAACAAAUGUCGUGCUCUAAGUAUAGGCAUUGCACACGGACCCUCUUCCCUCCAGUUAAAUCUUUUUACAAUGUUGCAUUGACACUAUAAUCUCAGCUGUUUAAACCAAAUGCUUGUAUUUCUUUGAUUAUCUACUUUGUCCCUAGUUACAGUGGAACCCCACUGGGAUUCCUGUGCACACACAAUAAUUAUUUGCUUUAUACGGGAAGUUCAAGGAUCAUAGUGAAGAGAACAGGAACCUGUCGACAUGAAAACCCAGCAUCCUAGACUUUGAUGCCAUUUUGUGUUGCUCUGUUGUCAGUUUAAUUCGGUUGUCUCCCUCCCUCUCUAUUUUUACUGCUUGUCAGUGUGCUAGGUGCCUGGAUGCCUUGCAUGGGGGCCAUGGUUGGGUCACACAUGUUGCCGUCCCCGGUUCUCAAACUCCAUCAAGCGAACAGACGCAGUUGUUAAAUACUGAGAAGACUUUAUUGAAGUGGUUGAAAAGUCAACUUUUUGUAAGUUUUCCUUGACUACGUUUAGGCAGAAGUGCAGUCAGUGUACAGUGAUGGGUCACUCUCAUUACAUACCCGCAGUCUCAAAUAUGGAAAGGUUGGUUACAUAUCAAACUUAUCGUUCUUCUUUCUAAGUUUCUACAAAGUCAUACGAGGUCUAGUCUGUGAGGUGUUUCCAUUCCCAACAUCCAACCAACUGAUAAAAAAAAAAUAGAAAAGAAGAUAAAUUUCCUUUAAUCAGUUUAAGAGUAUGAUGGUGCAUCCCUUUCUUCUAUGAGAACAGACGUGAUCAUACAUGACUUUUUUCUUUCGUGAAAAGUUAGUGAAGUCACAUCUUGGUAUCGUUUUCUUUAAUACACGAGUGUUUAAACAGUCACUGGAAUUCCUUAAAAUGUUCUAGUUUGACAAUCUGAAGAGCUUGUUUGCGUGCUUAGUCGGUCCUUUUUUUCCCCAACCGACCAAGGUCUUUGACAAAAUAGAAAGCAAAAUUUGGAAGCGAAUCACUUUGUGGACAUGGUCGAAACAAUGCGAUGAAUAUGUGUUGGUUCAAUUUAUCCUUGGUUUAAAUGUUACAAAUGUAAUUUCUUUUGUUACUUUUCAUAAAAAAUUAUUAUCUCGGGAACUUAAGCAACGACGACGGCGACGGCAACAAGAACGGCAAAAAACCAGUAGGUUUAGAUUGACAAAGGAACAACUUUGCACGUGCAUCACGCAUUUUUGGUACAUUUCUUUGCCGUCGUUGUACGACAACAACGUGAAAGUGCCUAAUUUCAUGUUUUGUCGAGGACGGGAACACUAAACGACAAUUUUCUUUUUCUUUAAAUCCUGAACUUUGAUCAAUUUUCGGAACACUUGUUGUAUAAUUUCCUGCUUGCAUGCCUCUCCUAGAAUUUUCGAACAAAUAAAAAAUGGUAUACUUGCCCAUUUUGAACUAAUUUUUACCCUAAAAAGUUCACCUAGAAUUUUCGGGAGCCUAUUUUCUGGCUAAAAUUUUCGAAAAGGUAAGUUUUGAUCCCUAUAAUUUUCGGAUCACUAGACUUUCAGCUAGGAAAUCCGAAGAGAUGAAAAAUUUUUAGGGGAUAAAAAUAUGCCUAUAUCUACCGUUUAAAUACUAAAAUACAUUCAACAAUGCUAUGUUUAAGUGGUUUUGAACCAUAUUCUCGUUGGGUGACCCUGAUAAGCACGGUACAGUGUGAGGCAGCGCGACUUCACUUUUUAAGUGACGUUUUCGUAGCAAUCACCGUCGUCGUUGCUUAAGCCCGUACUAUUAAUUAAACCAAGGAUAUAUUUGAACCACGACAAAUUUUGAUACCCUUUAGUUUUUUUGCUUUAUCAACCUCACGUUUUGGCCACACCACUGAGCCGAGAAGGAAUUUCUUACUCAACUGUAUUUUUCUUUUUUAACAAUGUGUUUCCUACAGCUUAGAGAAGGCACUCUUGUACAGGUUCCGCCAUCUUUGGUCAAGCGCUGUAAAACUCACUUUCUCAAUCUUCCGUGUGGAGCCACUGUGAUUCUUGGAAACAAUGGGUAUGUUUGGAUCUGUCCUUUGAAUACGGAGGAAGCUAUGCUCACAGAUGAGCAAACUGACCGACUCACGAUUGUCAAUGAACCACCUAAGCAGGUAUAGGAUUUCAUUUUAAUGGCUGACAGUAUCAUGAGUUUCUUGUCUUGCCCUUGGUCUCGAGUUGUUUAUCCAGGGAGGGCUUUUCUUAUUGUCUUGUCCAAGUGGAGUCAUAUGCUCAAGACAAGCGAAGAGAAAAGUAUCAAAAAUUGAGUACCGAAAAAGAAAAGAGAGAGGACUGGGGUGAGACGGGUCAACACCCUUUCUCUCCCCAGUCCUCCCCAGUUUUCUUCCUCUUCGCUUUUCCUUUCGCGCACGCUUGCGCGCACACCGACCAAUUGAGGGCCUGGAAUACUAGGUUACUAGGUUACUUUGAGUAUAUGGUGUAGUGCCAUUUAUGCGACCACCCAAAAACAAUGGAAUCUGGUCGCACUUAUAAGUUUUUCAGAGCAGAAAAAUACAGACAGGAUGCUCGCAAGGGGUACCAACUCCACCAUUCAAACUUUUUAUGCUGACUUUGAAAAAAUGAGGUUGAGUGGAGUUUUUCUUGUUGUUGUAAGAUUCUAGACUCUGAUCGUGAGACAAUUGCCAGGCUUCGUAACUGUAUAGUGACGCUUACAGACAAUGGAGUGAUGCUGUUUAACACCUCUCUGCAGUAUGCUUAUGAUGCCUCCAUGAAGCACUCGGUAGGAAACGUUAUUAACAUACAUUAUUUUAUAGUGUAGGCCUUAACACACCCUACUGUAAGCUGCUCGAUUUUGGCGUCCUCUAGAAAGCCUGCGUGAAUCGAGUGAGAUCUUUGUUGAGCAUGCUCUGCAUGUUGGUAGGGUACAGUUUCGAACCUAAUAGACGUGCGCUUGGUACAGCAGGCUCAGUUAUGACUAUUGAUUUAUCGAUAAUAGGAUGCUUGCACUCGAAAAACAAGUUUGACAAGAGAAAAGAACGGCGCUUUCCAUUCAACAAAAUUCCGGUUUGAGAUUUCGGAAAUUCCUCGUGCCCAUUCUAGUUGCACAGACCCGACCCAAGCCACCGCGCGUUUGGUUAUUGUUUUUGUGAGCAGGAUACAAAACAGCGGUAUUGGGGACAACAAUUUUGUCAAAUGGAAAAGGACAUUCCGGUCCGACCGACCGAAAUGACCAGACCGGUCAACGUGGACAACGUUCAAAGCUGGUCCCGAAUAUUGCGGUCGAACUAAACCGAAAUGGUCCGUUCCAUUUGAUGUACCAACCGAUUUUUCCGGAAUUUUGGGUUGAAUGGAAAGCGCCCAAGAAGACUGACUAGUACAGACGUUAGGGCUGCGGUGACCUCAGAGAGUUGGCAUCAGUUGAGAGCCUCUUUGUCUCCUGCUCGAUCAACAAGGAGACAGAAGGAGGCUCUGCUUGCAGGGUGACCCUAACACUGAUCAGAAAUUUAUUUCUCUUUUUAUUAUCACCACUUAAUCAGUUACAAGGGUCAGGAGAAUAAAGAAAAUGAUCGCCAAAAGGGAAAAAAUUGAUGCAAACGAAAGAAGGGGCUCCCCUUACUGUGCGACUACUGUAACUGGGGCCACAUAGACAAAGUUGACCAAUCAGAUUACUGGGAAAUAACAAUACAUUGUAAGAAAGUUGGUUGUGGGUCAAUCUGCAGCUCGUAAGAAAAAAAGUUACUCCAAGCACAAAAUUUUAAUCUUGGUAGUUAACGUUUUUCAAGAAAAGGAAGUGUUUCACAAGACAAUGUUUUUCUGUUCGAAACUUUACUAUAUAACACCCAGGAGACGUACUUGUUUAACGCAAGCCCCGGUUAUAGUAGUCGCACUGUUAUAUCCUCUUUUAGUUUCAACAACAACCUUUCUCUUUUCUUACUAGGUCAAGGAUUUGCUUAAGCCUGAAAUUCAAGAAGAGAUAGCAGAUACUGUGAGGCAACGCCUUAUGCAAGAAAUGUAAAAUACUCUUACUGGAUAACUGUAUCAAAGAAGUGUCGCCCCGCCCACUGGAGCUCUUUGUUCCCAUUGGGUUCGAGAAAGGAAAGUGUCAAAUUUAGUUUUUCUGUGUCGAGGCAUAACUGAGUGACCUUUUAUGACAGUAUGGUACACUUUUCCUAGGGAUUAAGUGGGAGUAGAUGUGUCGCCCAGAAAGACGAUAUAGCGUUUCUGUUUAUUUAAGGAACUGUUCGUGUCCAGUUUUGAAAAGUUUGGAAGCUGAAGAAACAAUGUUGUGUUUGCGAGUAGCUGUAG